UUGACAUUAGAAUACCUUAUGUAAAUCUUGGCAUAUAUAUACUAUGUUAUAGACUAUUGUUAAUUGUUUUGCUAUUUCUACAUAAAAAAAAAUCACUGCAGACUCAAAAAGAGUUUGCCCAGUUCUAAAAUGGCAUAACUAGAUAUACUAUUUCCGCUACUUGGAACGCGGAAGUGCAUGUGGACCAUUAGUGCUGUAUUUUUAGUAGGUGCAGCAGAUUUUGUCUGGUGUAAAUAUAUAUUGUGCGGAUCCUCUAUGGCGGCACUGUCUGGGGUGGAGAAUUCUGCUGCUGCAGUGUUACGGCGUGCUGUGGAACUGGACGGAAAGGGACGCUACCAGGAGAGCCUUGUUUGUUAUCAAGAGGGAAUCGAGCUGCUGCUACAGGUGUUGAAGGGCACAAAAGAUGAUGCCAAGAAAGCACAUUAUAGACAAAAGCUGAGCAGCUAUAUGGAUCGAGCUGAAGAAAUAAAACAGCAUGUGCUCAAAGAAAAAGAAGAGGGAAAAUACCACAAGCAAAUAAAAAUUUUAGAAAAUGCAACAGGUUACAGCUAUGAAAAUCUUUUCAAGCCUUAUGUGAAUGAAACCUUAACAGAGGUCUGGGUGGAAGAUCCUUACAUCCGGUAUGUGCAUCAGUUAUACAACUUUUUACGUUUCUGUGAAAUGCUUAUAAAGGGACCUUCCAAGGUAAAGAAAAUCAACUUACUGACCUCCAUGGAUGAAGAUAAUGGAAAAGCCCUACAAGCCAGUGGCCUUCAAGAAAUCAAAAGUUCAUUGCAUGAUUAUGGUGUAAUACUUGAGGUCACAUUUUCCUCUUCUAUUCAUGACCGGGAAAUUAGGAAAAUGAAACAGUCUUUUAACAACAGGUUCAACAAUGGUUGGAUGAUCAAGAUUGGACGAGGUUUAGACUACUUCAAAAAGCCUCAGGGUCGGUUUUCUAUAGGCUACUGUGAUUUUGACUUAAGGCCGUGCUAUGAAACAUCUGUGGACAUUUUCCAUAAUAAUCACACUCGCAAUGGAACCAGACUCGCAAUCUAAUGUCCGAUAUGUACAGAGAAAUAUUUCUAUUUGUUACCAAAAUCUGAUCUAGCCCAGAAAUGUCUAUUUUUGAAUGAAUAUUUUUUGGCAGUUUUGCAUCAUAGCACUAAUCUGUUGCACUGGAAAUUUGCAUGUAUAUAAAAGUGUUUUUAGACCCACAUCUAUGAUCGAUGUUGAAUGUGAACUUAACAACUACAUGCACUUAUUUUAUAUUAUGGACUUUCAAAUUGGUUGAGCAGUUCUUUCGGUGCACUCUACAGAAGUACAGUUUUGGUGUAGUCUGUAAUCAUUUAAUACUCUUGUCCUGUGUGAUUAGCUGUUUGUAAAACUGAACAAUCACACCUUGAUAACUUGUUAUAGUAUUUACUUUUUUAAUAGCCUGCACUGUAAUACAAGGUAUUUAUAUGUAUCUAAAACUUUUUUUAUCUGCUCUUUUGGAAAAGCACUGCUUUUAACAAUAAAACAUUUUUUGUCAGAAUUUAUGUAAGGCUGAAAAGUCUUCUAGACUUUUGGGUUUCUGGUGGGUGUAAUUGUUGUUUUUAAGGUGAGAAAUUGGCAGGGUGUUAGUUCUACUGGCUUGCAACAGCAUGGUCUUAGUAUGAUUCCUACUAGAGAAUGCCUGGAAAGUGUUUGUAUGGUCUUCUAAUGUCUCUGUACUCUUGUUUUUAAUGGUAAGGCCACACGCUAAGACUAAAAGUGCCACUGGGACAGAGGCUGAUGUGAAUGUUAAUCUAUUUGAAGUGCAGAAUCUUGUCACUGUAUAAAUAAAGAAUGAUUGAAAGUUGGAUGUGACCGACAAGCAUCAUUUGUUGCUAGGUCAUAACUGAUGAAGUUCUAAGAUGACUAAUGGCACUAUUGAAAGAGAAAUAUCAGUUUUACUAGGCUUAAGGUAUUGAGACAAAAUUAUUCUAUAGUCAUAAUAUGUAGGUAUAGUAAUUUCAAGGGCUACCAUGUAUGUAUAUAUAUUCACAAAUAUAUCUUCAUAAUUAAGGAAACCCCCAACACAAUUCAAGUUAGUGUAUCACUUGCUUUAUUGUUAGUGCAUAGCCUUGCAGUUAUUAAUAUUUAACAUAAUUUUACAGUUUGCUGCCCAGUUUUACAAUUUAGUCAAAACGCUUUGCAAAGU